UUAUAUUCUCUGCCCGGCCGAGCUCCAAUAAUAUUAUAAUAAAAUCAAUCAAUCCAGGUGGGAGAGAAAAUAUCAGAGACUCAAAAUCGCAGAACCUUGUUGUCCAUUUUUCUUAAUGCUUUCUUAAUUGCUAAACAAAACAUUCAACUCUUAUUACUAUUAUUUUAUUUUGGGGUUUACGAGCUUUGCUUAGCUUCGAGGGUUUCCUCUCAUUGCACAUUAAGGCUUCCUCCAAUUUCGAUCUCCACAGCUCUCUUCAGCAUUCCGGGUUUAAGAAGUAUUGGGUGCAAAUUUUAAGCUGUAAUUAAUGAGGUCGGGUGCCUUGAGAAGGCGGCUACAUCAUGGGGAUGUUGACGGCAGAAGGAAUGAGAAUUAUGAGACAUCGGGAUUAGAUGGUUUAGAUGAACCUUUGUUAGGAAAUCAGGAUUACGAUGAGAGACAUUCUGAGGGGCAAAAGCUAGAGGAAAUUUGGGAUGAAGAGCGAAGGAAGGAACAUUUACAUUGGGCGUUUUUGUUCUCUAACUUGAUCGCGCAAUGGGCUCAAUGGAUAGCAAACAUUGUCCUUGGAUCUGGAUCAUUUAUUGCACAGCUUUUACAUCUACCUUCUAACAUCCAAAAUGGACCAAGCCAGAAACUUCUUUUGCCUGCUCUUAGUCCUUUACAGGAAGAAAGGCUGAGAAAUCUACAGCAAAGACUGGGAGUCCCCUUUGAUGGAUCUCGGCUGGAGCAUCAAGAUGCUCUUAAGCAGUUAUGGAGAUUGGCUUACCCUAAUAGGGAGCUUCCAUCUCUUAAGUCAGAGCUUUGGAAGGACAUGGGUUGGCAAGGUCCAGACCCUUCAACAGAUUUUCGGGGCGGAGGAUUCAUAUCAUUGGAGAAUCUCAUCUUUUUUGCCAAGCAAUAUCCAGAAUCUUUCCAGAGGUUGUUGCACAAACAAGAUGGAGCCCGAGCUGAUUGGGAAUAUCCAUUUGCUGUGGCUGGCAUCAAUAUUUCUUUUAUGUUAGUACAGAUGUUGGAACUGCAAACAGGAAAACCAUCUUCUGUGGCUGGAAUCCGAUUUUUGGAACUACUUGGGGAAGAUGAAAUGGCAUUCGACAAUCUUUAUUGUGUGGCCUUUCAGAUGAUGGAUGCCCAAUGGCUUGUGAAAAGGGCUUCAUACAUGCAAUUCAAUGAUGUUCUGAAGUCUACAAGAACACAGUUAGAGCGUGAGCUUGCACUUGAAGAUAUCUCGAGUGUGAAAGAUUUACCAGCAUACAAUCUGUUGAGAAGGUAGCUAUGGUUUUGGAAUCCAAAACAGAUGUUUCAUCAUUUACAGAAUUGUUGUCAUAUAUUCUUCCUUGAAAGAUCUGUAAUAAAGCAACGAAAAUUAUGUAUUCAUUAUGAAAAUCAAGUAUAGUUCUUAAAUGCAGUGACUACUCUGCUUCUUAGUUA